AUGGCGUCCGACCGGCUGCGACCCGUCCUCCGGCCAACCGUCGCCAUCUAUCUCCGGCGCGCCAACACGCGUGCACCCCACCGGAUCCGAUUAGCUCCACUGCGCCAGAUCCAAGGAGUUCCGCGUCGGAUCCGCCAGUCCACGCAAUCCCCACGGGGUACCGUGCGUGAGCAACCUCACCUCCUCGGCAGGAGAGGGAAACCCUCUUUUUUAAUCCAAAAAAUCCCGGACGAGGGUAUCUCGGUGUUGUGGCACGAGGCCGACGCUCCAGCGGCCCUGCUCCGCGGCGCGCUCGACCUCCACACCGGCACCGGCCGUGGCGGCGUCGAGCUGAGCAUCGGCACGCCAUACAUGAUCAUGCGUCCCGACGUGUUCCGCGCAGGGAAGAAUCCGACGGCCACGGUGAAGUGGGUGGUGCCGGCGCCUAAGCCGUUUGAGCUGUGCUACAAGGGAGGGUUCCCGAUGCUGAAGCGGACGGUGGGGCACGACGUGCGGCGCAUCAACCUGGUGCUGGGCGACGGUGCCACGGGGAACUGGACGUUGUUCGACGACAGCUACAUGGUACCGGUGGACGGGGCGAUGUGGCCUGGCGAUCCAGCCGAUGGGGCCCGGCGGCAUGCCGAUGGAUGGCGAGCCGGCGGUGGUGAUCAACGGGAAGCAGCUGGAGAACAACCUGCUGGUGUUCGACCCGGAGAAACAGGUGCUCGGGUUCAGCAUGCUGCUCGACUCGUGCUUGUCCAGUUGCACAAACUUCAGUUUCUUGGCAAACUAAAGAGUCAAUUAUGUUGGUGGUGUUAG